UCAAUUUGAUAGAUGUCAAGUAUUUUUGUAAAUAAAACUCGCUCGAAUUUAUUGCGAAUUCCGAAAAUAUAAUAAUUAAAUAUAUCAAAUCAUAUUUCUAUCUUCGUUAAUUGUACGCUUUUGAAAAUGGUGAAGGUAUGGUAUAUGGACGAUGACUGCGAAAGUGACCAACGUCUGGAACACCAUAGAAAUCCUCCAGAAUACAUCGCAUUAGAUGAUUUAUAUAAGAAAACCGGCGUCGAAUACUUUAAACUCAAUGUAGAGACAUUUGCAACAGAUGGAGUUUUGGAUAAGUUGAAAAAGGAGAGAGGAUACACAUAUGAAGAUGAAAUAACUUGCUCAGAGAAGUGCUUAGCCAACUACGAGGAGAAACUGAAAUCAUUCUACACGGAACACUUGCAUACUGAUGAGGAAAUACGGCUGGUAGUGGAAGGUUCCGGCUACUUUGAUGUUCGAGACAAAGAAGACCAGUGGAUUCGCAUCGCCGUGUUCCCCGGGGACCUGAUCAUCAUACCAAGCGGCAUCUAUCAUAGAUUCACACUUGAUUCUAAUAAUUUCAUUCGCGCCAAACGCUUCUUCGUCGGCGAACCAAUAUGGCUGCCGUACAACCGACCAGCUGACGACAUGGAGUGCCGUAAGGAAUAUCUUGAGAAGUUACAAAAAGGAUUCGUUGCUGCAUACUAGAUUUUUAUGAAUUUUUAUAUAUCAAUGUUAGCUAUAUCCGUUGAAUGAGGUUUAAGGGUAUCAUAAUGAACUCUUACUGAAAAAAUGUAAAUUAAAUAUUAAGGACCAAAUAGAUUUUUAA